AUGGCUGUUACACCGGUUAUAGAUCUACAUAACAAGUGUAAGCCAAGAUGUAAGUGUAAAGGGGGUAGAGGGGGUAAUAUCUCCGUGACAUUUGGAACUGUAAAAGAUACAGACUUUGGAUACUAUACCCACACAGUUGGACGGGGUGGAAAUAACAUCUCGAGAGUGAUAUGGAAUGGAAUAGACCUUGAUAGUAUACGAUUUGUCCACCCGUUUGAAAAUUCCAAACGUAUAACAGUGUUUUAUCAUAGAAUUUAUGAUAACGAUCCGCAGCUUAUAAAGAAGCCUCUUCUCAUAAGGUCUGAAGAUAGUACAAGAAGGACACAUUGGUUUGAAAAUCUUGGACAUUCCGUUAAUAGAAAAUGGCAAAGGAUCAAUGACGAAGCGCGAUAUUAUGAUUUUCCUGAAGAUGAUAACUAUUCAAAAAAUCCGAAGUUUGAAGAGAAGCUAAAGGCCAUUACAUGCAGGCUCUUUGUCUCUCAUUGGAUUCAGAUAAACUCUGAUGGGAACAAUCAGAAUGAUUACCAAUGUCCAAUAUGUAAUCAGCUGGUUAAGAUAAAAGUUAGAAAGGACCUUCCAUCAAAGAUACCUGGAUAUACCAAGCAUGAGUAUAGUGGAGAUUUUUCAGACAAGUCAAUCCUUGUUUAUGAUGGGAAGCCAUUCACAUAUAUGCGUAAGACAAGCCUUGGACUAGCAUUUUAUCUCCCAAUUCAACUUGAAUCGGGAAAUGUUUCUAAUGUUAACGUAUAUUACUGGAAUGGUGAUACUUCUCAUGCUAAUCCUCUUCUAAUAGAGGUGGAACUGAGCAGUGGAAUGUCAUACUGGUAUGAAAACUUUUGUAGAGAUAAGAAUGGCGAUAAAUGGCAGCAUGAGAGGUGGAAACCAAUAUGGCAAAUAGGGUAUGGUAAAUUCGAUCAGAAUAUACAGAGGAUUAAGACAAGACUUGAUACUCUUAAUUGUAUAUAUAAUGGAGCUGUUCAAGUUAACAUCGGAAGGCAAAGUUGCCACAAAACAAAGCACUAUUUGCACAAAGAUAGGCUAGGUUAUGGAUACGGAGAAGUUUUUGGGACCGAUCCUGUUCUUUACUCAUAUAGAUACAGACCAAGCCUAAGCUCUGGAGAAACACCAUUUAAUAUAUCUGAGGUUACUAUUGACGGUUCAAACCAAAGCUUUUCACCAACUCUUCCAUUUAGGGAUGUUAUAGGUCUCAUGGCAUAUGUAUCUCCCUGUGACCCUAACGUGCCAUUUCUAAUUUGUGUGGAAACUAGUAAGAGUCCUAUUACGAGUUAUAAAGAUAAAAAUUAUAAAUGGUACCAUAGAACAACCAGAGGGGCUACUUGGCAAGAAUACCAAAAUUUCACUUCUAACCAGUCUCCUGAGAAAGUUAUAGACAAACUUAAAGAUGCGUUGGAAAGUGCUAGGUAUACUCUAGGCUUUAAACCAUGUCACAUAGAGACUCAACGAAUUGGGAUUAAGCUUAAUGUUAAAGAAACUCCAGGACAAAAGGAAUAUUUCCGUGAAUACCGUGAUGAAUCUAAUCCAGGCAAAAAAGUAUCCAUAUUCGUGACUAAAUCUGAAGAGACUCCUGUAGCUAACUUUGUCAAGAAUGCUCAUAGGCCUGCGAUUAGGAGUGGUAAAACUUUUGUUGCAGAUCAGUAUUUAGUUGAUGGAUCCAGGUUUAAGAAGAAAGAAACGAAUCUAGAGAAUGUCUAUGCGUACUUCUGGGAAGGUAACACUAAAGAGCCAAUUUUGCUUAGAAUCAAAAGGAGGGGAGAUAGUGAUGAUAGUCCUACAUUCUAUGGAAAAGCCGCAGGGCCGAACAAAACAUGGAUGUCUAUGUGGGUGCAAGAUCUUAAUGAACUACAAGCACUUGACCAGCAGAAUUGUGAGAACCACGGAGCUAUACCUAUUGAACUUACAAAUCCUAGGGACCUUAAACAAUUUUAUCCAAGUAGUAGAGAUAAAUCUAAAUGUCUAAAGAACAAAUCUGUAUCUAUAUCCUCAUCGGUAUCUCUUCCAAAAGGAGCUAGUGGAGUUUAUAUUGGACAAGGAUAUAAAGUAGAUGGUAACACAAAGAUAUCUAGACUUACCUAUAAUAAUAAUCCUACGAAUAUUGUCCCUUUAUAUGACUAUGGGACAACUUUUAACAUUUAUUACUGGAAGAAUGAUCCAGGUACACCUAACAAGAUUCCUCUUCUAAUCGAGUUUACUGGAAAGACUGAGAAGGUAUGGUACGAGAACCUUGGUAAAGAUCGGAAAUAUACAGAAUGGAGAAAGAUUGGUGAGGAGGCCGAGAACUUUUAUGAAAGCAAAGAUCCUCAAAAGAAACUUACCGAGAAUUUCACCAUCAAACUGAAUGAGGUAAACUGUAGAGUGCAUAAAGUUGUACAGAUAAAUGUGUCCCGGAAAGCCAAGGAACUUUAUUGUCAUAGUUCUGGAUACGUACAUGGGAAGAUGAUCAUGGUUACUCCGAAAAAUCAUAGUGAUCCAUUCAAAGGAUACACCGGUUAUGAACAUGCCUCUGUAGAAAAGAAGAAAACCUUUACCAUAUCUUCUUUUUACAAUGUAGAUGUUCAGCAAGAAGUUACUAGCAACAUAGGCUUUCCUAUAAAGGAUGUAAAGAAGGUCACCAUCUAUUUUCCAGAAUGUGAUGGAGGAGUUCCUGUCGCUGUUCAUAUUGAAUAUGAGAACAAUAAAGAACCCGAAAAAUGGCUAAAGAGAACAAAGGAUAAUAAAUGGGAUGAUGCCACUAAGGAUUUUGAAAGUAAAGAUGAACAAAUUAAGGAUCUUCUAGAUGACAUCAGAGAUGGUACACAAGCAUGUUUACAUCCUACGCAAGCGCUUCCGGGAGUAAACCAAGGGGGAACGGCUGAUCAUAGUCAAUAUUCUCAUACAAGUGGUAAUAUUCCAAAUGUAGCGUCAAUGACUCCUGUAGAUGAUAAGGAUAUUAAGCUUGUCUUUGAAAGUAUAUUUAAGGAUAUUGAUUAUCUAGAUGAUGAACAAAACAACUCUAGUGAGGCUAUUGGAGUUGAUGAUGAAUAUGAGCAUGAUGAUGUAAAAGAAACACAAAAUAAACUUACUCUGGUUAGCGUAACUAGAUCAGCUCAGUCAGUUACUUCUUAUCCUCAGGGUCCUAUGAUUUUAUUUCAAACGUAUGACAUACCUAGUGUUACAAUUGACAUAAAGAAGAAUGAAGUUUUAAAAGCAUACAAACUACCUCCCAAUAAUGAAGAUGUUAAGUUAGAUAGAAUUGAGUAUCCAGAAGAGUCGAGCUUCCAUAUGUUUACGCACAUGUCAUCUAACUCAGAUUCUUUUAAAGUUGAGGAAGUCAAAUAUGGAAGUGAAGAUAAGAAAGAUAUAAAACCGGCUGGAUUAAUAAAGAGCUACUCUGUAUGGUACUGGAAGGAGGAUACAACAGAUAUGAAAAAUCCACUUUUCAUAGAGAGUCAGAGAGAGGACGGAAAAUACGACUAUUACUACAAUAAGGGAGAUAACCAAUGGGAUAAUCAUAACAAAGAAACUGAUCAACUCCAAGGUGAACAACUCGAGCAGACACUCGAUGAACUUAAUUGUCAACAUAACAGAGCAGUUACCAUGGAUCUUACUGAAAGUAAACCUUCAUUAGGAGGACAAUAUUGCUGUAGUAAGCAUGCUAAGACAGUUAAAAUUAUUUCCCAUUCGGUGACUGUAAACGGUAGAAUUAUGAACUAUUAUAAACACACUAUUGAAGAUAAUAAUUUCCAACUGGCUGCUAUUAAAUACUAUAAAAAUAAUGAGAAUAGUACUCCAAGGAAACGUAUAAGAUCUGGAAACCUAAAAUUUCCUAUAAAUGGACCUGUAGGUGUUUAUGUUUUCCACUGUGGAAAGAAUCCAGCACUUAUAUGUGUUAAAACUAAUGGAACACACAAGUGGUAUAAGAGGAGAAAGAAUGAUUAUGAGAGUUUCUGGAAGGAUGUAUCCCCUGAGCUCAAGAGUAUAGUAUCUUCUGAUCUAGAUAACCUUAGGUGUAAACAGCAAGGAGAACUGGCAAAACUACUAAACACACUUGAGUGUAAUCUACCAGUCUGCCGGAAUGUCCCUGGAGCUCAACCUUCUAUAAAUCAUAUUACUAUAGACCUCGCAAAUCAUUCUCAAAAGCAGCCUUUAGUAAGUGUGCCUCCUGCUAAAGAUCAGAAUAUAAAUGCCUUGGACUUAGGAAAAUUUAUGGGAGAUUUGUCCGGACUUUUGUAUAACAUACUUAAAAAGGGACCAGAACUAAUUGGGACGUCAAAACCCACAACAAAGGAAACCCUACCAAACUCUAUUGAUAACUUUGCAAGUGUGGUAAAAGAUGUUGCAAAUGUCGUUAUACCACUUGCCGUUACAAUUGACCUUUGGAAUAGAACUUGCUAUCCGGAAAAUUCUAAUGGAUAUGAGCCUGUUGUAAAUGUUACUACAAAUGUUACAGAUCCUCCGAAAGGAUUCACGGAAUAUAUACACACUCUAAAGGGUCAUGAGGAUAAACACUUCACUCUUCAGAAAACAAAAUAUAAGGGAACAGAAACUGACAUUCCAUCUAUCCAAAGAGUUACCCAAGUAUCCGUUCUUUACUGGUCCCCUCUAGAGACAAAGGAACAUAGGGACAGAGGUAGACCACUUCUUGUAAAUGUGGUAAUUAAAACCCCCGGUAGACCUGAGAAGAUUAUUUUCUAUGAGAAUACUGGUGUUUGGUCCAAUGACAACAGUAAGUGGACGAUUGAUAAAACUCUUCCACCUACCAAUAUUGCUUUCCAAAAGAAACUCUUCCUCCUCAACUGUAGACUAAACAAUGCUGUAAUAAUAGAUAUCAGUAAUAAGGGUGGUGCUACGUAUGAUGGUUGUGAUAGUAAUGAUAAGCAACUUGAUGAUAAACAUGGUAACAUAAGAAUGCAAAUUAAGGAUACUCCUGAGAAUAAACUUGGAAGUUACAGUGUGUAUACUCAUAAACUCAGGACUCCUCCCGGAGAAAAGUUUCAUGUAGUAAAGUUCCAGAAUGCUGGAAGUACUCUUACUGGAAUUGGAUCUCUACCCAUUCUAGAUGUUGAAGAAGUUAAGGCCUACUUCUGCGAAAACGGAGGGAGUGCUCCACUUUUAGUGUAUUAUAAGAGACUUGUUGAUGGGUUUACCGGUCUGAACGCUCAUCGAGAAUGGUAUAAAUAUGAUAAAACAGGUGGUAUCAGUACCUGGAAACAAGUAGAACUGAAAGAAGCUCCAUUCACUGAGAAAGAUUACAAAUCUAUCAUAAAACUACUCGACAGUCUUCCAAGUAACUGUAAAUCUCCUGAUCCUCAUACUUCUCCUCAAGCUCAAGCCUCAGACGAUUCUGAAAUGACUACUCCUGGUCCUGAUGGAGCUACUGGACGUUUUGUUGAAUCUACCGUUGCUGCUGGUGCUAUGACUUUAGGAUCCAUCUUGGGCACAUCUUCUGGUACUCUUGCCGGGGCUGGUGGUCUUACUGGAUUUGGCUGGUGGAUCUACAAACGUUCUAAAGGAGACCCUUGGGUUAGACAGAUUUGA